UGGGGUCAAAGGCCGCGGGGCGGCGCCUGCGCAGAGCGGCGCGGGGCGGGAAGAUGGCGGACAAAGAGAAGAAGAAGAAGGAGAGCAUCUUGGACCUGUCCAAGUACAUCGACAAGACGAUCCGGGUGAAGUUCCAGGGAGGCCGCGAAGCCAGCGGGAUCCUCAAGGGCUUCGACCCCCUGCUCAACCUCGUGCUGGACGGCACCAUCGAGCACAUGCGAGACCCCGACGACCAGUACAAGCUGACGGAGGACACGCGGCAGCUGGGCCUGGUGGUGUGCAGGGGCACGUCGGUGGUGCUCAUCUGCCCGCAGGACGGCAUGGAGGCCAUCCCGAACCCCUUCGUGCAGCAGCAGGACGCCUAGGCCGCCCGGCCCGUGCGGCCGCCCCGGCCCCUUCCUGCCUGGGUCAGCGCGCCCGGGCCCACUCCCACCCGGCUCAGCCCCGCCCCCGGCCCGCCGCCCGC